CAUAAACAUCCGGUUCAAAAUGGCUGUCUCUAAUCAGCUGGAUUCUCAAUUUUUUAAUGAUUUAGUACCUCCAGAAUCUUUUGAAACGAAAAAGGAACAAAUAAACAAAUUUGCUAACAUUCAUUUAGUAAAAAAUAAUAGAAUAGUUCUAAUCACGUCAGGGGGCACAACUGUGCCUCUUGAGAGCAGAACUGUCCGGUUUAUUGACAAUUUCAGUAUUGGAACACGAGGAGCAACUUCAGCAGAAUAUUUUUUGAAGCAAGGCUAUGCUGUGUUAUUCUUGCAUCGUCAUAGAUCUUUACAACCUUUUUUUCAAAGAGUUGAAAAAAAUAUUUUAGAUAUACUAAAUGUUUCAGAAAAUGAGGAUACAUUGAUCACUGUUGAUAAAACUUAUGUCCAGAAAUUGUCACCGGUUGUGAAACAGUACCAAAAGUUUCGAGAUGAGGGCAUGUUGUGUAUGGUAGAUUUCACCACCCUGUCUGAGUACCUGGUCUUGUUACAUGAAGCUUGUGUGUCCCUCCAGCCCUGUGGCAAACAGGCAAUUAUUUAUCUGGCAGCUGCUGUGGCUGAUUUUUACAUUCCUAAAGGACUGAUGCCAGAACACAAAAUCCAGUCAUCUGAAGGAGUUUUGAAGUUGACCCUUGAAAUGACACCAAAAAUGUUGAAACCUCUAGUAAAAGAUUGGGUACCUCAUGCAUUUAUUAUAUCGUUUAAGUUAGAGACUGAUAAAACUAUUCUUAAAGAUAAAGCAAAGAAAGCCCUUCAGAUGUAUCAACAUCAGAUGGUUAUAGCAAACCUCCUAGAGACACGCAAGAAAGAAGUUUUCAUUAUAGCCAAGGAUUCCGAAGAAGAUUUGAUUCUCACAGAGGAACAGCUAUCUUCUGGUCAAGAGAUUGAGGAACUUCUGAUAGAAAAACUUGUGAUUUACCAUACAAAUUUACUACAGCCUUCGUAAAGAUUGAAAUGUUGGUCUAGAAAAUAUGACAUGUUAUUAUCAAGCAUUUCUUUUCUUUUUUAACUCAGAUCUUUCAUUUCACAAUGCUUAAAAGGAUACAAUUGUCUUUAUGCAUUAGGGUUGAAUGUGCCUGGUAUUGGGACACCACAUAAGCCGUUUGUGUAGUUAAAUUUGGAUACUGUUUCAUAACUACUAAAUCACAAGUUACGUUGAAUUUAAAACGUAAUUUUAAAAUCUAAAAUGUGAUGGUUUCUUUAAAUGGAUUUGUUUAAAUUGGCAAAAUCAGCUUAAUCCAAUUAGUGGACAAUUACUAAAUUUUAAAUCAUAUGAAUGGCUCUUACAUUACUUUAAUAAUUUUUUUUAGCUUGUUGGGUGUUUCUGAUUUAUUUUUCAAGUAUAUUGUGGGCAUAUAUUGUUAUUAAUGUGAAGUCUUAUUUCAAAAACAUUGCUUAAACUUAUUGCCAUGGAUGUAGCCCAUAUCCAGUGGUAGGAACUUCUUAUUUAGGUUAUUCUUUCAUUAUACUUUUUCCCCCCAUAAUUGGAGAAUAUAAGAAUUAUUUAAAGAUUGCCGACAUUGUAUUUGAAUGGAAAGGAAUCUAGCAGACGACGCAUUUCUGCUGAAUAGUCCAACUUGUAACAACACUCUUUAAAAACUAACCCAUCGUAUUAGUCAUAGCAUCCUAGCCAUUUAAUAACAAAUGUGUUUUAAAAAAAAUCAUUCCCUAGGCUAUUGAUUAAUUUUUAUAAAUAAAAUUGGUAUGAAAUGAAAAAAAAAUAAAUGUAGUUUUUAAUUUCAGUCAUCUUGAACAAUAAUGAAGUUUAAAAUCUUAUUUGCCACCUUAUUUUAGAUACAGCUGCUACAACCGCUUUUUUUUAAAAAAAAGGUUUAACUAUCAUUAUAGAGAACAAUAUUUACAAAUGUUUACCCCUCCCCACUUAUUGAACAACCUUUGUUUUAGCAGUCACAAAAGUUAUGGUUCAUCAUUUCAAACACUUUUACAAAAUAGUUAUCUCCCAUAUAGAGACCAAACCAACUGCUGCUCUUUCUCCUAUUGUUACCUUUAUUGAACUGUCUGUCUAUGCUGUCUGAACAACAUGACAUUUUUUACAUUAAUAUAUUCUGCAAGUAAGAGGAUGUUUAACUUGUUUUAAAAUGUCUUGUUAAAAAUUAAAGAAUACGUCUUUUACAAGAAUACUUGAUGGUAUUAUAAAAGUAUAUUUUAUUUAUUUUAUAAUGUCUUUUAAAAAUCAAAGAAUAUUUCUUUAACAAGAUUACUUGAUAGUAUUAUAUUUCUUUUGAUAUUUUGUUAUACAAACCAUUUUAGUCCAGGAAUUAAGUUUAUUUAAAGACCAAUACAUACCAUAUUAAUCUUAUUAUUCAGGUCCUUGGAUAUUUAGAUUUUUUAAAGAAUUUAGUGUCAGUUAUGGAUCCUAGGCUUCACAAUGUUUAGGAUGUGCUGAAGUCCAACAAAAUUUAUAUUUGUUUGCUAACACCAAACACAGUAGGUUAUCCCUUGCCUUCAUGGGCUCCUGACACUAGUCAGGAUUAGUUAUGGUAGUUUGGCGUGACGCUUUGUAAAAACAGAUGAACUCUACUUUAUCUUUGUCAUGUUUUUUAAAAACUUUUUGUUUGUUAAUCUAUAUUUAGUAUUGUUUACAUUUUUUUCUUUACAAAUAUAUUUUUUAACGUUAUUGUAAAUUGCAAGUAUUUAAAAAUGUUCAUGUAUCUCUACAAUACUGUGUACAAGAAAUUCAGGUCAUGAAUAGUCAAUUGGAUUCUAUAUGAGUAUCGAAUAAUGGAAGUAAAUUCUUUUUUUAUGCUUCCCAAGAAUUAUUAUCUUGUGCUAUACAAAAUUAUUUUCUUUCAUACUGCAAUUUAAAAACAUUUUCUGUAUCAAAGAUAAUGUUUGAAACAUAUUCUUAGUCUAGUGAUUUUAUAAAUGUUCCACUGUUUGCAAAUUAAAAUGUUGAUUACUCCAGUAGUGGUAUUUCAAGUCAGAUUAUUGUAAUGUUUUUAACAUAAAAUUGUAUUUUAUUUAUAAGCAUCCUCCUGAAAAACUUGAUGUGCUGUGUUAUUAAAACAUGGUUAUAAAAACUUGAUGGUGUCGUUGUGAAGAUUAGAUUUAUUUCAGUUUUUUAAAGUAUUUUCUUUAACUAAAAAAAAAUUUGAAAAAGAAAUUUUUUUUUUCUCAUUAAAAAUGUAAACAAAUAUGACUUUGACUAAGUCAUGUUGUAUUCAUAAGUAUAAGUUUAUUACAUUUACUGCAAAAGUUUUGAGUAAAAAGUGGAAUUACAGAAAUCCAUGACGGAUGAUGAAGCACAUCAGUUUGUCUUACUAAAGUGAAACCUCAGGUUGAAAUAAAUUGAUAGAAGUCCUCACCAUUUGCAACUUUUAUAACAUUGAUUCUUAAAAUAUUAAAUAUCUGAAGUUUUC